AGUCAGAAGACACGGAGAGCCAGCGACGUGUUAAUCAGUAUGUAUCUGGCGCUUUGAUCCUUCCGAGGUUACAAGUACACACACAAUAGCUUCAUCGCAACGCCCUCGAAAUUGUCCAUGGCGUUCUGGGACACGGUUCUGAGCACGACAAAUGCCAAGUCGUAUGGCAGACGACUCAUACCGAAUAUUGUCGACGACAAUUCGCGGCAACAACCAGAUCGAAUAUGCUUCUCGUACCCGGUGAGCCACGCAAACCUGGACCAUGGAUUUCAGGAUGUCAAUUGGCGGCAAGUAAGUGUAAUCAUACCAUUAUGGCAAAACUGCGUUGACGGUGACGAGUUUGCGAAUGCUGUCAACAGAAUGGCAUAUUUUCUCCAAAGAAAUGUCGGGGUGAGCUCUGAGUUCAAAACGAUUAUGUACAUGGGAUUCCCAGAUAUCCGAUUGUACAUUGUUCUCGUAGCCGCCAUGAAGACAGGCCACAAGCCACUAUUCAGCUCUCAUCGAAACAGUCUCGCCGGCCAUACGAACCUUGUCCGCCAGACUGAUUGCACUGUUCUGCUUUAUACGGCUGGCUUUCCUAUAUCAGGCAUCCUAGAAUGGUGUCGGCUUGACACUGUAAAAGUUCCAGAGCUGGCUGCGCUCCUAGACGAUUCACCAUGCGAGUCUUUUCCGUACAGCAAGACAUUCGAGGAAGCAAAGCUCGAUCCUUGCUUCGUCAUACACACAUCAGGGUCUACAGGUUUGCCAGCGCCAGUGACGUGCACCCACUGGUCAAUCGGUACCACCGACCAGCACCACCUUGUCGCUCCUCUAGACGGAAGGCCGACCGUAUGGGGCGACUUAUUUGAUGCCAGACACCGCAACUACCUGGCAUGGCCAAUCACGUCGAGCUCAGGGAUCGGCGCUGGCAUCACGGACGUGUGUUUCAGCAAUAUCACUAUUGUCCUAGGUCCACCUGAACAAGCCACUGUAGACACUAUCGAAGAGAUGAUACGAUAUGCGCAAAUCGACUCGAUAAGCUGCGUACCGGCAACUCUGGAGGAGCUGUCGAGAAGACCAGAUGCACUGGCAAACAUGCGCAGUUUGAAACACAUCACAUAUGUUGGAGGAUCGCUAUUGCAAACUGCUGGGGACAUCGUGUCUCAGUAUGUCCCGCUUGUGAACCUGAUGGCAUCGACCGAGACAGUCUCUAUGGUUCAACACGUCACAGACCGCGAAGACUGGUCGUAUGUCUGCAUCAAUCCACUGCUUAACGGCAUAGAGAUGCGGCCGGUAGCUGAUCUAUUCGAGCUCAUCUACGUCAAAAAGCCACAAUGUGCAGACUUCCAGGGCGUCUUCAAGGUCUUCCCUCAUCUACUAGAAUUCUCGAUGCGCGACCUAUACUCGAAGCACCCAACAAAGCCUCAUCAUUGGAAGCAUGAAGGUCGGAAGGAUGACAUUAUCGUUUUUAGAAAUGGUGCGAAGUUCAAUCCGAUGCUACACGAGCGUUUGAUCGCACAACAUCCAAAGGUCCAUGCCUGCUUGCUGGUUGGUACCGGUAGGAAUAAACCUGCGGCUAUCAUCGAAUUAUACGCACAAUAUUAUACAGAGGACACAUCAGCACAGAAGGCCUUGAUCAAAGAGAUCUGGCCGCAAGCUCGUAAAGCGAACGAUGUGGCAGAUACCGCUGGCCAACUCGAACAACGCUAUAUCAUCUUUGCUAAGAAGGCGAAGCCAUUUGAGAUGGGACUGAAAGACACUGUUCAAAGAUACGCUACGACCCGUCUCUACGGACAGGAAAUUGAGGAUCUCUACACCUCGAUAGCAGUGGGAGGGCUCGGUACCCUUUUCCGGACUGAAGUUGGUGUGUCAUGACCGGCUUAUUCUCGCACGAACGCUAGGUGCCAAGCCACCACAGCAUACGACAUUCAAUAAGAAGGCUGCAUCAAUCUCGCGUACUUCGCGUCCUUUGCUCGCUCUGUAAUCCCAGUGGUGCCAAUUGGUUAAUUGAUCUGAUUGCACUAAGCCACUUCCGACGGAGAUGUCAGCACAGUAUUUCGGGAUUCGUCCGACUCGUCCACAAGGCUGCCAAUGUCUGCAUUAUUACACCGCA